UUCAACAACUACAAUCUGAUAACACAAAGAAAUCGAUUGAGAGCGGUCAAAGUUUAUCUGACGCGAAUUCUGCGACCGAGAUGCAAAUAGAAGUGACACCAUCUGUUCCCUCGGCACCUGAAAUUCACCCAGAUUUACCCCAAGUUGUCGCAAAGCCGCCAACUCCAAAAAUCUCAGAUCCAUUACCUAAAGUUGUAAAGGAAACACCUGUUUCACAACAAUCAGAGUCUGGAAAUUUAGAGAAUGUUGCACAACCGGAAAAUUCAUCUAACGUGUCAGCUGGUAAUGUAAGAGAUAAAGAAAUACCCAAAUCACCAGUUAAUCCUCCUGCUUCUGAACAGUCAGAUGCUACUCAAUCAGUGAAUGUAAGCGAUGGAACGGUAGGUGCAGCAACAACGACGGGUUCAACAGCGACCAAUAUAACUACAACUACUACAGCAACGACUAACAGUCCUGCGCCUACUACUGCCACCGUUGCCACAUCAAAUACGUUAAAUACACCAAGAGAGAGACCACCAGUUAAAUUACAGAGGAAUCGUGGGUUAUUAACACAGCCAACGUCACCUCGCACAACACCAUAUCAAUCUACAUCUGCGACAACAGUUGAAGAACAAAAAUUAGCUCAAACUAAUCAACCACAAGUUACUUCUGGAACUACUGAAGUGGUUAAAAGAGAAGAAUCCGCAGCAACAGAAGUAAAACAAACAGUCGUUCUAGAGGUGUCUGCAGUGCGAAAACGUGCCAGAGAAGAAGAAGAUACCGAGGAACAGGGGAAAACAACUCAGGAGUCGACCGCUAAACCAUCCGAUAAUGGUGGAAAGUGUAAAAGUGGAACCAAUAGGGCAGUCCUCCGGUUCUACCGAAGUAGUCGAGGAAGGUACGACACCUCAAGGAGCGUCAGGAUCUAA